AUGUUGAGAUUGACUAACGAAAAAUUUUUAAAGCUCAAAGUCGGUACAACUGUUCGUGUCCCAAUACCAGCUAUUGAUAGGGCUCGAGGUUCUCCGCGUAAUUUACUUGCUGUUAUAAUUUUGUGUGAAGAUGACAUGUAUAAAUUAUGUACAGAAUAUGGUAUGUUGAAACAUAAACAUACAAGAGCUCAAAUUUCCCCAUGUAAAGAAAAAUUUCUAGAACUAAAUGAAACUAUGAAAAAAAUUAAAGAUAGGGAAAUAACAUCAUCAAAAGGCUUCAAUCGAUGCAAUUGCAAAACUGGUUGUGUCACUAAAAAAUGUGCUUACAAGUUACAAUGCAGCAAAAAUGUUGUGCAGUUCAAAAUGUCAUAG